AUGUCUCUCAUGGAAAAUCCACAGACUCUUCGAGAAUGCCAGAUUCAGAAGUUGAAGAAGAUGCUUCAUCUGAACGUUGGUACCGACGUCAACCUUGUAUCAUCGUCAAAUCAGGAAGAACUUACAUGGAAGGUGCUGAUUUUGGACCGCAGAUCCUCGGGUAUAGUUUCGUCUGUUCUGCGUGUUAAUGAUUUGUUAGAAUAUGGCGUUACUAUGCACACGUUAAUUGAUCAGAGAAGAGCCGCAUUACCUGAUGUUCCUGCCAUUUACUUUCUGCAGCCGACGGCCGAGAACAUCGCCCAGACCAUCGCUGAUAUCGAAAACGAUCAGUAUGAUGACUUCUACGUGAAUUUUACUUCGAGUUUAAGCAGAUCCUUACUUGAAGAUUUUGCCAAGAAGGUGGCUCAGACUGGGAAGUCUUACAAGAUCAAGCAGGUAUACGACCAAUAUUUGGAUUUCAUAGUAACUGAACCCAACCUCUUUUCUCUUGAUAUGAAAAACGUAUAUUCAGAGUUCAACGAUCCCAACACUACCGAGGACCAGAUUACAUCUAAGGCUGAUCAGAUUGUGUCUGGAUUGUUUUCAGCUAUAUUGACUAUGGGAUCUAUUCCCAUUAUCCGAUGCAACCGUGGCGGCCCCGCUGAAUUGAUCUCUCAGAGACUCGACCAGAGGCUUAGAGAUCAUGUAAUAAAUACUAGACAGAACAAGGGGACUGGUGCUGAAUCUACAUCGACGGCUUCAUCCUCGUCUCAUGACAAGCUUGUUCUUGUUUUGCUGGAUAGAAAUGUUGAUAUUUCCUCUAUGCUAGCACAUUCCUGGAUUUAUCAGUGCAUGGUGAGUGACGUUUUUAAAUUGGAACGUAACACCAUUGAAAUCAAGCUCUCUGGAGAUGAUGACCAGUCUACGGUCAGGAGGUAUGACAUUGAUCCGCAUGAUUUCUUCUGGAACGAGAACGCAUCGUUACCAUUUCCAGAUGCCGUUGAACACGUUGAAGCUGAACUUAGUAAAUAUACACAGGAGGCUAAGGAGAUCACUUCCAAAACUGGAUACUCGUCCAUCAAAGAUAUAGAUCCUACCGAUAAGACCAAUACACAGCAUAUUCAAGAGGCUAUUAAGGCAUUGCCAGAGCUUACCCAGCGUAAGAACAUUAUUGACAUGCACAUGUCGGUAUUGACGGAAUUAAUUAAGGAACUAGAUGCCAAGAACUUGGAUUCCUACUUUGAGAUUGAGCAAAAUUUCAACGACUUGAGAACCCAAAAGCAGUUUUUAGAACUAAUAAAAAAGCAAUCCAAAGGUGAUAAUUCAAGAGAUAAGUUGAGAACUUAUCUUAUCAUAUAUCUUAAGUGCGAUGAUUUGCCAAAGAGUUUCUGCGAUCAAUGCGAAAAGACAUUAGGUGAUCUUGGUGUUGACUUGGCACCUCUUAAGUACAUCAAGAAGGUAAAAGAACUCAACAAAAUGUCUGCUAUGAACACAGGAAAAUCAUUGCAGACUAAUGGUACGAAUAGAAAUUUAUCAAGCAAUGGAGGUGAUCUUCUUAGUGGUCUAUCAUCAAAGCUUAUGGGAUUAACUACGGAGGGAUCAUCGAAAAUUACGGAAGGUUUCGGCUCAUUAAUUAGCGGUAUAAAGAAUCUUCUUCCAGAAAAGGCAAAUAUGCCAAUUACCAAUAUUGUGGAAUCGAUUGUGAUGCCUGCAAAUGCUAACCAGGAAUCAAUCAAUCUUACAGAUGACUACUUGUACUUUGAUCCUAACGCUACUCGUGGUACGCACUCUAGACCUCCUAAGAGAUAUUCCUAUAAUGAGGCAAUGGUGUUUGUUGUCGGUGGAGGAAACUAUCUUGAGUAUUCCAAUUUGCAGGAUUGGUGUAAUAGCUUGAACAACUCCUUAGGCGCUGCAGGAUCGCGGCAGAAACUUGUCACGUAUGGAUCUACUCAUAUUUGCAGCGUGAACGAAUUCCUUGAUGAAUGUGCGGAGCUCGGUAAACAUUGA